AAAAUAAACCCCCGAGCAGAAGAAGAGCACCCGGACGUUCUGUAACCCGACUAGAUGGCGCGAAUUCGCCGCGGUCGGGCUGUGGAGGAAUAAAGAAGCGUUUCGGUAUCGAAAUAAAGCCGUACGAACCCGUUUUGUCCAGAAAUGUCGGUGUCCUCUAUCCGCCCGUCCACUCGCCCUGUCCAGCGCUAACGGCUCUCCUGCACAACCAGCGCUCGAGCUCGUAUCUCCCCGCGAGCUCAUUCGCGGCGCGAAAACAAACCCGAGGCUCAGUGUCUUGGUUAGUAUAGAUGCCAGAAUGUCCAAGGGGAGCCAGGAAGCAUACUUGGUGAAAUUUGUUGAACACGGUGGACAGAAAAAUCAGCUUGCUCUCAAAGCCUAUGAGGCGAUAGUGGGACUACAGUCGGAAAAAUAUGUGCAGACCGUCGACGAGGAGGCGGCGUUGGACUUGGAGCAUAAUGACAAAUCCUUGUACGUCUUCAGCGACUUCACUAGCAGUGCAUUUGAGCACUGCAGAAAGUUGGGCUGCAGGAUAGUGAGUCCUCUCGUAGUGCUCUUCUGCUUGCAGCAGCAGAGAUGUGUUCCCAAGGCAGAGCAGCCAGUCUACAACAUGGCUAUGGCUGAUGUAACGGUGUCCUGCACCAGUCUGGACAAGGAAGCACGGACAGAAGUGAUGGACUUGGUCCAGUUGAUGGGCGGGCGAGUCUACCGUGACCUCAACGUUUCUGUCACUCACCUGGUGGCAGGUGAAGUGGGCAGUAAGAAGUAUGUGGUGGCAGCCAACCUGGGGAAGCCCGUUGUCCUGCCCAGCUGGGUCAAAGCAUGCUGGGAAAAAUCUCAAGACAGUCUUUUUCGGUACACAGACCUGCGGUUGGAGGACUAUCUUUGUCCUGUGCUUAAAGGCUGCACAGUGUGUGUGACUGGUCUGUCUACGGUGGAGCGCAAAGAGGUGCAGCGGCUUUGUGAGCAGCAUGGAGGCCGCUACACUGGCCAGCUGAAGAUGAAUGAAUGCACUCAUCUGAUCGUCAGUGAGCCCUCAGGUCAGAAGUAUGAGUUUGCGAGGAAGUGGAAUGUGUACUGCAUCUCUGUGCACUGGCUCUUUGACAGUGUUGAGAAAGGCUUCUGUCAGGAUGAGAGUCGCUACACGGUGGAGCGAGGGGACAAGAAAAGGGGGGAGAAGCCUGACCGGCCCAACACCUCCACCCCAACUGGCUCCAGCAAGAGCAAAGAAGCAGAUGGCCCUUCAUUGCUUGGACUAAGCCAUAUCUCAAACAUCAGCUUGAACGUCAAUGAAACUGCCUUGACUACAACAACGAUGAGCCGCAUAGAACCUCCUGAUCCAAUUGACACGUUCGAUAUCACGGUCUGUCCAGCAGAUGACCUGUUAGACGGCUGUAAGCUUUAUCUGUGUGGCGUGGUGGGGAAGAGGCUGGAGAAACUUCGGCGGCUGGUGAACUCUGCAGGAGGCCUACGCUUCAACCAGCUGGGUGAAGAGCUCACACACAUAGUAAUGGGAGAACCGGACCAGGACGUUAAAAACUUCCUUGCUAAAGCUACUCACAGGCCUCAUGUCGUCACAGUGCAGUGGCUGCUGGACAGUUUUUCUCGUGGAUCUCUGCUUCCAGCAGAGGGCUACUUUCACCCCUCCUUCCCACCUCCUGCCCCAGCCCCAGAGGACAUGCCUGCCCUUCGCCCUGUUGCUCCGCGUUCUUCCAGGCCCUCCACCGCCCUUCCUCCAGCCCCCAGCCCUAACCUACAGGCCAAGGCAGAAGAAGACCUGCUCUCUCAGUACAUGGACAAUGAUCAGACAGCAGUGGAGUUGCCAGCAGCCCCUAAUAACAAUUACACUACUCAUAGCUCUGUGCUACCAGACCCAGGACCUCCAGGGAAGGACUCCACUCUGGCUGAGGCCUCAGAGGGAGGUCUGUUCAGAGGAAAACGAUUCCUCCUGGUGGGGUUCGGACAAGAAGCAGAGGACCAGCUCUCAGUGCUAGUGAUGGAGAACGCUGGGAAGGUUUUGGUUGGCCGUUUUAGAGGUGUGGCCGAUUAUGCCAUUGUUCCACUGCUGGGCUGUGAAGUGGAGGCCACGGUGGAUGAAGUUGCCACAGACACCUGGCUGUCCAUGUGUGUGGAGCAUCAGUGUUUGUUGCCGCUGGCGUCUCAUCCACUGUUCACCCCUGUGGCUGUGAAGGAGGGCUACUCUCCCCUCAGAGACUGUGUCCUAUCAGUCAGCCAGUUCACUGGAGCUGAGAGAGAGUCCCUCAUACAGCUUGCCAAACACCUGGGAGCAAGUGUUCAGGACUACUUUGUCCGCGCUGCGAACCAGAGGAAAGGCAUGCUGGCCAGCACUCACCUGGUCCUCCAAACUCCUGAGGGCACAAAGUACCAGGCAGCGCAGAAAUGGGGCCUGCCUGCCGUUACCUUGCGCUGGGUACUGGAGUCCGCCAGGACAGGCAAACGCCCAGAUGAGGCGCGCUACCUGGUUGAACUGCCACCAUCUCCAGAGCGCACCGAAGGCAGUUUUAUUGGAGCCUCUCAGAAAAUCCCAGCCGCCCCUGUCUCUCUGCGCCUCUCCCCGGAGCUGCCUCUGCUCCCUCCCCAGAGCAGUGCAGCCGUCACCCCACUGGACACUGGCCGUCUGCAGAGCCGUGCUGUCCACUCCGUCCUCCGCAAGCUAAACAAAGGUAAGGAAGAGGAGGCAGAGGCCACAACUCAAGCCCAGGACAAAGGCAAAGGGAGCAAUCAGAAAGAAGGCUGUCUUCAGCUUGACACACCGUCUCGCUUCCUCAGCAGAGACAGACUCUUCGGACCCUCUUUUAACACCACGGAUGUGUGCGACCAUUUAAAAACUCCUGGUAAUAAGCCUCAGCAAGGUCAGAGGAUGGAGACACCUUUGAGUGAGGUCAUCGAGAGGAAUUUGAAGGCUGCUGUUGCCAAUAGCAAUCGUAGUCACAUCAUGAGUCUGGCUGCCCUGACUGCAAGUCCUCAACUGGACAAAGAGCUAGAACCUAAGACGGAGGAAAAGGUUCCAGCAGCUCCGCUGACGGGAGUGGUGGUGUGUGUGAGCAGAAAGCUCAAUAAAAAGCAAAGUGAGCUGAAUGUUAUGGCUGCAUCUCUGGGAGCAGACUUCAGGUGGGCUUGUGAUGAAUCGGUCACUCACUACAUCUACCAGGGCAAAGUGGGAGACAACACCAAAGAGUACAGGGCAGUGAAGGAGAGAGGCCUGCACAUAGUCUCACAGCACUGGCUACAGGCGUGUGCAGAGGAGCAGAAGCGUGUAUCAGAGUCCCUCUAUCCUUUCACCUUUAACCCCAAAAUGAGCUUGACCCUGAGUCAGGUGACGGACAGCACUCAGAAAUCCCCUCCUCUGUCCACCUUGCGCACCAAACUCCGAACUCUCACCGAGCAAGAAGACACCUGGAAGGGUCCUGUGGACAGUAUGACAGAAAUCGCCACCCCACAGCGGGGCAGUUUGGUGGAGCCUGAGGGAGAGCAGCAGCCAAGCAGCACUGAGAACAGAGAUCUGACAGAGACUCUGGAGAUGAGGGAGAACUUGCAAAGGCAGCUGCAGGAGAUUAUGUCUGCCACUAAGCUGACCAGUGGCCGGCGAGCCUCCUCUAGACUGGCCCGAGUGGGUUCAGGGGGGAUGGAUUCUCCCUGCACUCCAGAGAGCCUGGGCCGAGUGGGCAGACGCAGCCGGACGCUGGAGGCUUUACGCAUGUCACGUCAGGUUGCAAUGGACAUAAACACAGAAGCGUCUCAGAGUGAACAGAUUGUGUGGGACGACCCCACGGCCAGAGAAGAGAGAGCAAAACUUGCGGAUAAUUUGCAGUGGCCCGGCAGCCCUUCUCAACAUUCAGAACCCCUCGCCAUCCUGCCCCCACCUCAUACUGGUGAACCCCAACAUAACAGAGACUCCAUGACUGACUCUGAACUGGUCGAGAUGGCUGCCUGUGAGGUGAUCGAGGAGCAGAUGAAACAGAAAGUGACACCACCAAGGAGUAAUGUCGACCAGCGGGUCCCCAAAACCCCUGAAGCCCCAAGUAUUGCUUUCCCCAUCUCCAAACCUGCAGUGCCUCCUGAGCCACAGAUAGAAGAAGAGGAGACAGAAAAGCGGAAGCAGGUGCCGCCACGGUUUCAGCUGUCCUCCCUCAGCCCACAGGAGCGUAUAGACUACAGCCAUCUCAUAGAGGUGUUGGGUGGUAUCGUGCUUGAGAAGCAGUGCUUUGACCCCAGCUGUUCUCACAUCAUCGUGGGUUUUCCUCUGAGGAAUGAGAAGUACCUGGCUGCCAUGGCUGCAGGCAAAUGGAUUCUUCACCGCUCUUACCUGGAGGCCUGCCGUGCUGAGGGACACUUUCUACCAGAGGAGAAUUUUGAAUGGGGUAGCCGUUCUAUACUCGAUGCUGUUCCCAGCAUAUCCUCCCAGCAAAGGAGACUGGCACAAGCUGCCCUGCGAUGGAGAAAAGCUUUACAAGGGCGCGCAGAGAAGGAGGGUGCAUUUGGUGGCUGGACAGUGAUGCUGAAUAUUGACCAUGCCAGAGACGCAGGUUUCAGGAGACUGUUACAGUCUGGAGGAGCAACGGUGUUGCCGGCCCCAUCUCCCUCUCUGUAUAAGGACACCACUCAUCUUUUUGCAGACUUCAGCCGGCUGGGUCCAGGUGAUGUGAGAGUAGAUGUGGCCGAGGCUACGGCUUGCGGAGUCAGUUGCCUCAGGCCGGAGUACAUCGCUGAUUAUCUCAUGCAGGAUCCAUCACCACCAAUGGAUGCCUACUACCUUCCUGGAGCAGCCCCGAGUGGCCUUCCUGAAGGCUUGGACAAAGGGCAGCCCACCCCCUCCCGCAAGCGCAAAGCCUCAGGAGAUGCCUCCAGUCUAAAGAAGAGCAGGGUUAGGUGAAAACAGCCUUAGCGUGUAUUAGCCGUUAAUAAAUAUGACUGUCGAUUGUGAAUUAUAAAUGUUUUAAUCAGAUAUUAAUGUGUAGAUAGGAUCUAAUUAUAUGCUUGUUUUGUUUACUAAAAAUAAAUGCAAUGACGCUAAAUGA